CAAAAAUAGGAGGAGACAAGCAUUGUGUUAUAGUUACACCUCUGUUUACAUUAAUUUAAAAGGAACAUUACGCGAACACCCUGGGAAGAUUUUUUCGCGUUUUGAUGCCGUGGGUGUAGACUGCAGAUCAAGUCAGGACACGCAAAGCUUAACGUUGGAUGAUGAUCACUGUUUUAUAAUUCGCGGCUGUUUACCGAAGCGUCUCAACAAAGGCUGAAGCUAUCUAUGUCAGUUAUGUAUGUUCUGGGCGUCCAUACAAAGCAACCUUUUGUCGUAAAUACACACUUAAAUCCGAAGCGAAACGCACUGAAUUUAUAACUUGCAUCAGACUGACUUUCGAUUGUCGUUUUGUACCGUGAGUUCACGUGCAACAUGGAGACUUGCGAGACCGCCGUCGAUCAAAACCAAAAUGACACUUUACAUACGAAUCUAUCUUUCGAGAAAUCGUUUUCGUCUCUGACGGUGGACGAUGUAUACGAGAUCGCUAAAGUUUUGGGAUUUGAUUUGGAGAAGCUUAUAGAUAGCUAUGGCAAAGCUAGCGUGGAGGGUCUGGUGUCUCGAAUAGUGAAAGUGUUGGAGCUCCUGGAAAGUUUCGCGGCGAGAAAUCAAGCUCAAAAAUGCAAAGAAGAGGAACUGUUGAAAGCAUUUGAGUCGCUACAGUUACAGCAGAAGAAACGACAUGUGAAGGAUUGCGCCGAGACGAACAUCACAUGUGACAGUCGGGACUGGCAUCAGAAAGAGGAGAAACUCAAAGAGACUGUAGAUGGGUUGCAGGCACAGAUGCAACUUCUAAAGGAAGAGAACCAGGAGGUUUUGAGCCGCUUACAAUGCACACACUCAAAAGAAGACCGCACGCAGCGGCAGGAACGAGAGGUGAUGCUGAAGCUGAAGGAAGUGGUGGAUAAGCAGCGCGAUGAGCUGCGAGCGAAAGUCCAGGAGAUUUCCAGCAUGUCCAAUGAGAUUGAAGCGCUCCAGGAACAGCAGGACAGGUUGAUGAAGAUAAACGCAGAGCUCAGGCACAAGCAAAACAUCCUACAGGCUCAGGUCAAGACUGCAGUGGAGAGGAGAGCUGACGUGGAGACUGACCUGUGCGAGAAGCAAAAGGAGAUAGAACGGCUGACAUCACAGCUCGAGAAAGCCACCGUGCACACUGCAGCUAACACGAAUAGUUCACCCAUUGACCUCACAGAUAAGAUGAUCGUUGACUUGAAGGAUCCAAAUCGGCCGUGUUUUACCAAGCAGGAAGUACGGGAGAUUAUUUUUGAGAGGAAUGAGUUGAAGGCCAAUCUCUUUCUAGUGAAAGAGGAGCUUGCGUAUUACCAAAGGGAAAUCCUGAAUGAUGAGAGAUGUUCAGGCUUUUUACUUGAUGCUUUGCGCUCUGCCAUUAAGAAACAGAGAACGGUCAUCAAGGCGAAAAUGCUUGGCAUACCUGUUAGCGAAUGCAGCACUGAUGAAAUGGAUGGUCCUCUGUUUGAGAGGAGCGGAGAGGAACAUAAAGAUAGUGACAAUGACAGCACAGACAACAGGCCCCAAGAAUCACGCAUCAGAAACCUAUUUGGCUUCCUAACGCGGUCCAGUAUUACCAAAACUUCUGGUUCUCAGCCUGUCAGUCACCCGACAUCCAGCUCCACAUGGGAAAUUCUUGAUCCAGAUGAGCAUGAAAAUGGAGAGGAGACCGAGAUCGUCUAUUCAUCUUGAACAAGCCCUCACAAGUUGCUCACCUUGUAUUUGAAAGUGGAGAUGCAGAGAUGAUAGAAAUGAUCAGAAGAUUGUAUUCGGAGAAAAUCAUUUCUUUGUGUAUUUGGUUAUAAGAACAUGUUAGUGCGGUGUACUUUAACUGUUAAAUAAUUUAAGCACUUGGCUUAUGUUAACUUCCCUGAUGGCAGGAGUUUGGACUGAUGGUCACUCGAAAGGCAACGUAAAGCUGAAACAGGUCAGACCGUGAUCACACACUUCCCAUUAUAUUCUUGAAUGACAAAUAUAAGUACGCAAUUUUUAAGUUGACUUCCCAAUAGUGUAAAUAAUGGGGUUAGCUUUGUUUUAUUAGCACAGUAUGUCAACAUCUGUCUAAGCCUAUUAUGUGUAUUUGAGUCGGUACUGACUGUAGUAAGCUGGGUAGCAGGAAAUUAACUAGUUAGUCUAAACGAUGGGAGAUGAUGGGCAUCACGGUGUAAUAUUUUCUAAUUUUGCACAUCUUGGUGUUGCAACCAGUGACACACAAAUUGCUUUACCUUAAAACACUGCAGACUGGUAGUGUGUAUAAGCAAUGAGAGUGAUUUACAGUAUUUCGAUGCUAAUACUCCCCCAGGCACCCAUUUUACGCCACAAAUGUCUGGGUAGACUUUCUAGUUUGCUCUUAAACAGCAGAACAUUUUGCAAGUUAUUUUUAUAGAGAGAACUAUUUAACAUAGAUUUGUUACCAAAGAUGCUGACAUGACUAUCAAAUAUAAUCACAUUCACCUUUUAUGUCACAAGGGGGCAUUAGAGUAUUGUGCGUUCAUGUUAGUCUAACAUAAAACAUUAUUCCUUGUUUGUUCCUAAGAAGAUUCUAUACCAGUUUGAGUAUAUAUUUUAAGCAUGCCUACGUGUGUUAUAAUCGUAUUAAAAAAAAAAUAAGAAAAGUUUAAAAUAUAUUUUUUAAAUGAAUAAUAGUUGGACAGGCCAACUGUAUUUGUAUCCAACAUGUAAUGUAAUUCAGUAUCAUUGCUGUGGAACUCUGUGUCCAUUUGUUGAUCCAAAAUA